CAAGGCACGUUGCUGUAUUGCGCUUGCGUACGUGGGGUGAACAGCAACAGUCAGUGAAAAACAACAACAAUCACAGGAAUAAGGGAGGAACGCAUGGCUCAGUGAAGAAUACAGAAUAAUUUUAGGAUAGCACUACUCAGUUCCGUUUACGGCUAUUUCUACUUCAGCUGUUACUUGUAAAUGGUGCUGAGCCCAUGAACCUGGCGAGUCAGAGCGGGGAGGCCGGCUGCAGCCAGCUUCUCUUCGCCAACUUUAACCAGGACAACACGUCCCUGGCCGUUGGUACCAAAUCUGGCUACAAGUUUUUCUCCUUGUCCUCAGUUGACAAAUUGGAACAGAUAUAUGAAUGUACUGACACAGAAGAUGUGUGCAUUGUGGAAAGGCUGUUUUCAAGCAGCCUUGUUGCUAUUUGUAGCCUUAAAGCACCCAGAAAGUUGAAAGUGUGCCACUUCAAGAAAGGGACUGAAAUAUGUAACUACAGCUACUCCAACACUAUUUUGGCGGUGAAACUAAAUAGACAGAGAUUGAUAGUAUGCCUGGAAGAAUCGCUGUAUAUCCACAAUAUCAGGGAUAUGAAGGUACUGCAUACCAUUCGGGAAACUCCCCCAAAUCCAUCAGGGUUGUGUGCACUGUCCAUCAGUAAUGAUAACUGCUACUUGGCCUAUCCUGGAAGUGCAACAAUAGGAGAGGUUCAGGUCUUUGACACAAUCAACCUGAGGGCUGCUAACAUGAUCCCUGCUCAUGAUAGUCCCCUGGCUGCUUUGGCCUUCGAUGCAAGUGGCACCAAGCUUGCCACUGCCUCAGAGAAGGGAACUGUCAUUCGUGUGUUCUCCAUUCCAGAAGGACAGAAGCUCUUUGAGUUUCGAAGAGGAGUGAAGAGAUGUGUGAGCAUCUGCUCGCUGGCCUUCAGCAUGGAGGGACUCUAUCUGUCAGCCUCGAGCAACACAGAGACGGUUCAUAUCUUCAAGCUGGAGACCCAGAGAGAGAAACCACAGGAAGAGCCUACGACUUGGACGGGGUACUUUGGGAAGGUACUUAUGGCUUCAACCACGUACCUGCCAGCUCAGGUGACAGAGAUGUUCACCCAAGGCCGGGCCUUUGCUACUGUCAGACUGCCAUUUUCUGGACAUAAGAACAUUUGUGCACUUGCCACUAUCCAGAAGAUUCCACGUCUUCUGGUGGCAGCCUCAGAUGGGUACCUAUACUUGUACAACCUGGAUCCACAGGAGGGUGGAGAAUGCACACUAAUGAAGCAGCACAAAUUGGAUGGCAGCGCUGAACCAGCCAAUGAAAUCCUAGAACAGACAGCACAUGACCGUCCACUUGUGACGCAGACCUACAGUGCUGCUGUGGCCAAAGGUUACACUGAGGACCAGGGGGCAGUGGGUGGAGCUGGAGUGGAGGAUGACAUGAACGCCCUGCAGCUGGAUGAGGAGAACGAGCAGCCUCCCUUAAUCCUGGAGACAGACUGAACAAGCGAGCGAAGCGGAGGAGGGUGAGCACGAGAACGAGAGAGGGCCACACCGACGGAGAGACAUUUUGGGAUUUUUGGGAGGGGGUAGAGGGAGGUCUCCUCCUCGGGAGCUGCUAAGACGCAUGUGACAUAGUGGAAGAAGGAGGGAUUAAACAGAAAGGGCAUUUUUAAAAAGCAGGCCUAGCUGUAGCCUCAUUCUGUCUGUUGUUACAUAUAGACGUUUUUUUCUUCUCCCUUGUGGCUUUUUAAAAACAAACAAACUAAAAAGAAUGAUCAUCUGGUGGAAUUCCAAUGGCCAGAUAUACAUUUAAUAAUCAAUGGAAAUGAGAAAAAAAAAAAAAAAACAAGCUGCAGGUGUUGCGUCCCUUAGCUUUGCAUGUACAUGUGCCAAGUGUAGGAUGUUCUAGAAAAAACUAAAACAUUUGCUCUCAUGUCGAUGGUUCUGUUCUAUAUGGUGGACUCUUUUGUCUCUCAAGCCUUGUCAGAAAUUAAAUGUGAUUUUUCUCCUUAAAAAAA